GACAAGACAGAGCGGCACCAGUCUAGCCGGAAGUCUAGGCUGCGUCUCUCUCCGUGGCCUAAUCCCUCCCACAAGGCACCGCGGCGGAAGCUGAGGAGGACGUGUCGCUCGUCGCCCCGGGAGCCGCUUAGCCGCCGCGCGUCACACCGAACCGCCAGGAUGGUGACGGAUGUGCAGUUGGCCAUCUUCGCCAACAUGCUGGGAGUCUCGCUCUUCCUACUCGUCGUCCUCUACCACUACGUGGCCGUCAACAACCCCAAGAAGCAGGAGUGACGCGGGCCGGGGGGCCUCGUCGCAAGGGCGGCCGAGGCGGCCAGCAGCAUGGCGCGCGGAAGCCCCGCUGGACGAGAGCAGGAGCGCCGGUGCCGCCUUCGGUUUCGUCUGGGUCCAGCAGACCAGCUCUAGGUCCAACCAGCACUCGCAGCUGUUGGCCAAUAACGCUCACAGGCUACAACCUCCCCCUUUUUUUUCCCCCAAACAAAAUUUAUUAAUAGAAA